CUCCGAUACCUUCUUCGUCUUCAACUUUACUGAGAAAACGCGAUUGUACGUCAAAUCGGAGAUUUAUCAAUGGCGUUGGAGUGGGUGGUGCUAGGCUAUGCUGCCGGAGCAGAGGCUGUCAUGCUGCUCCUGCUUACCUUCCCGGGCCUCGAUGCGCUACGCAAGGGUCUUAUCACCGUUACUCGGAACCUGCUCAAGCCUUUCAUGUCGAUCGUCCCCUUUUGCCUCUUCCUGUUGAUGGACAUAUACUGGAAGUACGAGAACCGUCCAACCUGUGAAUCCGAUUCCUGCUCCCCCUCGGAGCACCUCCGCCACCAGAAAUCCAUCAUGAAGUCCCAGCGCAACGCCCUCCUCAUCGCCUCCGCUCUCAUCUUCUACUGGCUCCUAUACUCCGUCACCAGCCUCGUCGUCCGCAUCGAUCAGCUUAACAAUCGCAUCGAGAAGUUGAAGAACCGCGACUGAUUGAUUGAUUGAUACAUCUGAUGGUUGGAUCGGUCAAUUUUCAGAUCGGAUUGGCCCCUCUUUUGGUUCCUGUUUGCUAUAUGGAAUAUGAUAAGUGUACUGACUUGGCUUACUUUCCAUUGCUGCUUGUCCAAUUUUGGAACUCUUUUAUUUUGUCAAUUACAAUGAUGUCCACAAUAUGAUAGUAUAACGAGCUUAGUUUUCUAUGUUAAUAUUUUGUUUUUGGCC